GAUUCAAGGACGACAUGAUAAGCAUUCUGAAAAAUGGCAGAAUUUGAUAAAGAAAAUGACGGUCAGAAAGACCUCACUCAUGAUUUAUAUAAUGCGACUGUCAAUUCGAGACCCAAUGUUAUCGCACCAAUUUCUGCUAUGGCAGUGGCUUGCCUUGCAAUCUCCAAAGAAGUAAUGUCCAAGGCGAAACCAAGCAGAAAAUAUCUAACCCCUAUUGUUCUUGCUAAGUUAGCUAUAGGUGGUGCUGUGGGAUAUGCAUCUGCAAUAACUUUUGAAAAACUCUAUUGUAAACAUUUUAAACAGAGAAUAUUAAUUGUAGAACAAUAUAUAAAGUCACAUCCUGAACAGUUUGUACAGCAAGAGCCCAAGAAAUUUAAAGAUAUUGUAUUACCAUGGAUUCCAUAUCGAUAAAUGUAUUUAUCAACAUGACUAGAGCAUAAAGUAAAAGACUGUAGAAUUUGUACUUGGGUUAAAAUAUGUGAAAUUAAAUUUAUUAGAUAUUUU